AUGCCGAUGCUUAAGGAACCAAAGGAGAAACAGCCUUUGUGGAAAAAAAACGACUGCAAGGCUCAAAAGAAAGGAAUUCGACAUUCAGUUUAUUCUGUAAAUGGAGACCAAUACACAGGGGAAUGGUUAAAUAAUUUAAAAGACGCUAAGGGUACAUAUAAAUCGAAGGAAACUGGUGCAAUAUAUGACGGUGACUGGAAAAAAGGCAAUAGAAAUGGAUUUGGCACAUACAACAGACCAGACCCAAGAAAGAAAGGACAGUUUGUGAAAGAAUAUUCUGGAGGAUGGAAAAAUGACAUGAGACAUGGCUAUGAAACCAAUUUCUUUAACGAUGAAGAGUAUAAUGAAGGCGAGUGGUAUGCUGACAAAAGAAGUGGCUGGGGACGAAUGCAAUUUAAAGACGGAACUAUUUAUGAGGGGGAAUGGUACGAUGACCAGCGGAAGCUAAUUACUUUUACAAAUGAGAACAGAUACGAAUGUUCCUGGCGCAAUAACAAGAGGAAUGGUCCAGGAAAAUUUUACUAUUUGACCCAUGGACAGCUCUAUGAGGGUGUGUGGGUCGACGAUAUGGCAAAGUGUGGCACUAUGAAAGACUUUGAAAGAAAAAAUGCCCCGGCACCAACUCAGUACCCCUUUUCCAAAGAUCUGCCUGCAUGGGUGCGCAAAUGCCGUCUUAAACUGCUUGGAUGUGUAAACGCCUUUCCGCACGUCUGGCACAGCAUAUCUGAAGACAAUCACAUUAACCACAGGUACAGUACAGCUCACGCAAAACCAACAAAGUCCGCGGCUAUGCCGCGGACAGAUUCUUCUGUUAACGUAUUUUCGCCGCGUAUUUACUCGGCAUGA